ACUGUGUCCUGUGGUUCAAACAAACAAAUAGACAAACAAGUAAAGUUUACCUGUAAGUUAUUGAUCGAUUAUCUUCAUGUCCGGACGCAUCGUGGCUGUGUGCGAACAAAAAGUCAAGAAUCAAACUCGAAGAUACAGCUGCUGUGAACCGCUGGAAAGCUCCUGGACUAGAAUCAUGAAACUGCACCAAGAAUCAGAGGACGCGAAGGCCAACAGGAAGAGUCUCAAACCUCAAGUGGAGAGACGCAGACGAGAGAGAAUGAACCGAAGCAUGGAGAGCCUGAAGUCUCUGCUGCUUCAGAAACAGGAGGAGACUCAACGCAGAGUGGAGAAAGCUGAGAUACUCGAGCGCACGGUCCUCUUCCUCCAGAGCACCGCCAGAGGAGACAGGUUGGGAUGUGGUGGUGGAGCUCAGACACACUCCUUCCAAGACGGCGUCUCCUCGUGUCUGCAGAGAGCGGCUCAGUUCCUGGGGCCUCAGGGGAAAGGCCUGUGGCCCGGAGCGGCGCUGGACGCCUCUUUCUCUGCUCGCUUUGCCCGUUCGGACCCUGAACCCACAUGCGUCCAAAGCAGCACCGAGGUCCGGUCCCCCACCAGCUCCACCAGCCCUCUGCUCCUCAGGAAGUCGUCCGUCUCUACUCUCCGGAUGCUCAUAAACAGGUCCAGACUGUGCAAACCCGCUUUAAAUGUAGUUCAGACCCGAGGGGAAUCACAUCGUUCCCCCUCAACCCCCCCACAGCUCCACAAAGUGGCGAGUAGAGCCACCAAGCAGAGCCCGUCUCAAAGCCACCCGGCCAGCCAGGCUCUGUGGAGGCCGUGGCCCUGAACUUCUAAUGCAAUGACUCUAACAUGCUGAUGAACGUGUGUUCUUCAUUCGUCUUUCUACAAAGACAAUUCCAGUGCAAUGUAUCUCACACGGGCCUGCUGCUCGCUGUAACUUCUGAUGAAUCUGUAAAUAUUGUAAAUUGAUUAUUAUGAUCUUCAUCAAAUGCUGCUAUUUACUGCCUGUGCAGACUAACUUGUCAUACAUGUGUCAUGUAUGAAAUAUCUUCGCACCUUAAUUAAUUUAUUUGUCACUUUUAAAUAAACAAAAAUGAAAAAUCACCA